UCUUCCACCACCCAUUACUUCCAUCCAAAAACCAAAUGAAGUCAAUUGACUUAUCCACCCAUCACCUCACUUUUAAUCUUAAUCAGAACUUCCAAAACAUUUCGCCCACAUUUUUCUUAGGCUCCAAUUAAUCAUGCACUACAACACCUAUACAAUCACCACAAACCGUCGUCGUUUCUUUCCCAACCGCCAAUUUUCUUCUACACAGGCGUUUCUCUCUCCUCUGUUUCAGAGCAGAGUAGAAAAAUGGAGAGCUAUGCCUACGCAUUAGCUCUCUACCCAUUGACCCCAUUCCUCAAAUCAGUAAAACCCACCAGCCGAAACACUAAACCUCAACUGGGUCUCGUCUCUUGUCGCGGAAAAUUGUGUCUGCAUUCUGAUUCGAGCCUCAACAGAAAAUCCUCUGUUUCGUUGUUUGUUUCAAACCAGAGGUGGAAUGGGCACAAGGUCAGAGCCGCUUCGGUUCCCGGAAACACGGGCGAAACGCAGCAAUCGAAGGAUUCGGUUAGGACGUUGAAGCUUGGUUCCAUGUUUGCAAUCUGGUAUCUACUGAACAUCUCCUUCAACAUCUACAACAAACAGGUUUUGAAGGUGUACCCAUUUCCAGCAACUGUAACAGCGUUUCAAUUCGGAUGUGGGACUGUGCUUGUUCUUCUAAUGUGGGGACUUAAUCUGUAUCCAAGACCGAAUGUUACUAGAUCACAGUUUGCAGCAAUCCUACCAUUAGCUGUGAUCCACACGAUGGGCAAUAUCUUGACCAACAUAAGUCUUGGAAAAGUUGCUGUUUCCUUUACUCAUACUAUCAAAGCUAUGGAGCCCUUCUUCACCGUUGUCCUCUCUGCCCUUUUUAUUGGUGAGUGGCCCAGUAUUUGGGUAGUUUCUUCCCUUGUACCAAUUGUUGGAGGAGUGGCAUUAGCGUCGUUCACUGAGGUGUCUUUUAACUGGAUAGGUUUCAGUAGUGCAAUGGCUUCCAAUUUGACCAACCAAUCACGAAAUGUACUUAGCAAGAAAUUCAUGGUCAAUAAAGAGGAAGCUUUGGACAAUAUCAAUCUCUUCUCCAUUAUAACGAUCAUUUCGUUUCUUCUACUGGCUCCGGUUGCCAUUCUCACGGAAGGAGUGAAGUUUAGUCCAUCAUACCUGCAGUUUGCUGCAAAUCAAGGGUUGAAUGUAAGAGAGUUGUGUGUGAGAUCUCUCCUGGCUGGUUUCUGCUUCCAUACUUAUCAACAGGUUUCAUAUAUGAUUCUACAAAUGGUGUCCCCAGUAACCCAUUCAGUGGGAAACUGUGUGAAGCGAGUUGUGGUCAUUGUAUCCUCAGUUAUCUUCUUCCAAACACCGGUUUCGCCCAUCAACUCUCUUGGAACUGCGGUGGCUCUUGCUGGUGUGUUCUUGUAUUCGAGAGCAAAGCGCAUAAAGCCGAAGGCCUCAUGACUUCAAUGUUGAAAGAGUGUAAAUUGUGUGUUAACAGAAACUCCAAUGUGAUUAGUGGAACCCAAACCCGCGCAAUAUACCCGCUAUUUCACCUGCUCAAUCCAAGAUCAAUGGUGUCAAUUUAAGUCCAAGUUACCUGGUUGAGAUAGCAUUUAUUGAUACAUACAUUGAUUGCAAAUGUUGUAUAGUUCAUAUUAUUUUCCUUACAAUUUCAAGAAUGAUUUUUAUUUGCGACAAAUUGCCCACCUUUUAAAUCAACUAGCGACAAAUUGCCCACCUUUUAAAUCAACUACCAAAAUCAGUGCUAUAAUUUCUCCCCCCCCCCCACCCACACACACACACACACGGGGAGGGAGGGAGAGAGAGAGAGAGAGCACCACCCAGAAAAAAGCAAAAGAAAACAGUUUAGACACCUCAGAUUCUCAAUGCCGACCACUAUGAAUAUUACUGAGAGGCCAAAAAUAGAUAACAUAAUUACUGUCAAAUAGCUACUCCAUAAUUCUUCAAUAAGAUGAACACUUAAGGACAUCAGCUUUGACAACAUAAUUUUCAAUCUUGUUACACCAUAACGUCGUGAAAAUACUACUAAUCCAUUACAGAUGUCUGCUCUAUUGAGUUUUUGAAUCUAUAAAUACCAGGAUGCACCCCCCAAAAGGGCAACUUCAAAACCACUGCUACAGUUACAUCUCCCCCGUCUCCGAGCCCCCACCACAACUGAGAAUCGAAGGAAAAAGAAGAGAAGAAAAAAUACAACACAACCACCAAUCGAUGGUAAUCCGCAGUCAUACAGCUUAAUGGAGAAGAGGGACGAGGAUCUUAAUCAUCCGCUGGAAUCAUGCCUUCUUCAUCCGCUGGAAUCAUGCCUUCCUCCAAUUCACCCUCCUCCCCCAAGUACGAAGACCCAGUUCCAUUCAGUCCACCUCUUGUUGCUUUUCCCCACUCAUCGUCAUCUGAUCCCUUGAGAUUUUCCUUCCUACGACCACCAGAUGAGGAACGUGGAGGUGGGUCCACAGAAUUUUUGAAUCCCCUUUCAGUGUCACUUUUGUAUGAAGGUGCCAAAUGUUUCUGAGAGCUGCGGAUUGGGGAACGUUCACGGGCUGGCAGAACCCAAUCAAACCUGUCAGUGCUACGGCUACGGCUACGGCUCUCGGCCCGCCUCCGAAAGUCUCCCCUACCUGGAAACUUUUUUGGGCUUCUACUUCGGCUACGGCUACUACUUCGGUCAGCACCAUCCCCAGC